AUGACGACUGAACCGGAUCCGCUUGUCUCUCAAUUACUUGACACUCCUCUUGAAGAUAUCAUCGCCGCUGAUGAUAACCUCCAAAGACGCUCAGAUCGAGUAGAAGUACUCGUUAAUUUCUACACGCUUCUCUCAGAUUUUAUUGAUUUCAUAUACUCAGCGUCGGGGGAACGACGCUCAUUAUCAGACAUAGAACACGAAACUCAAAGGUUAUGGGAAGCUUAUUCCAAAACCAAGGAAUAUAUUCACAAAUAUGAAGUGUCAUUUCAGGACGAAAUGUUUUAUGAAGGGCUACUCAUCUCAGCUACCAAGUCUAUGGAUUUAGUCAAAAGACUUCGACAAGUAUACGAAAAGGAUCAAAUGGGCAAGGAUGAGAAGCUGUAUGAGAUUGAAUUAAAGGGGAGUAAAGUAGAUGUUAAUUCCAUAUGUAGCGAUGCAUGGAUGGUAUUAGUGACAGUCCGUGGUGCAAGAAAUACGCAUCUAGAGGCCAAUUUAUUGUACAAAUGGGUGAUAGCAAACCGAGAAGCAAAAAACGAGUAUGCUGGAGAGAAGCAGUUUGAGAAACGAUACAAGCGAUACUGGAAUAUGGAGGGAUGCGAACAAGAAACUGAUAUAGAUGUAGAUGACAUGGAACAAAGUAAAGGCGUUAAGAGAAAAGCGGGUGCGAAGAGGACAAUGAAAUCUAAAAAGAGGAAAGUUAAAAGAGGGAAGAAACCAUUAAAUAGUAUAGGACAGGGUGAGAUGGAUGUUGAGGAUAAUAAGAAUGAGGCAAAUAACAAUGACCGUGAUGACCCCAUGGACGAUGCAAAUGAUGAAAGUGAUGAGAUCUAA